CGCUGCUAUGCCUCCUUUCGAUAAGUCACGGAAAAAGACGGAUUGCAAGUUGUGAUGCUCCGACCUUUCGACUUUCUCAAGAGAAUUAACUGCCACAAGGUGUCCAGCCAUGUGUGCACUGUGGACAGCAAGUUGACACUCUCGGCACCCCUCAUACCGUUCGAUAUUCAACUUAACGAGUUCGCAUCGAAGCUUCGGUCUUAUAAACUGCAAGCGUUGGGCCAGGCUAUUCUACACAGUGCGAUAUCUGUUCGGUCGCCACAUGGCGGUGGGGACCUUGGUGCUCGGCAAAACAACUCGGUGAAAAUUACCGAACGUGGCAAGGUCGUGGAGAAGUCAGAGCCUGUCCAGAAGUCUGAUAUUGCGCCACGUUCGCUGGCGAAUACGGUGUCCAAGCGGUCUGCGCCGGGUCUGAAGCGAGGACAAGGUCCAGCGGAAGUCUCCUCUUCACGUCAUGCUGGUGCCAGCGAACUUCCGGAGUAUUCUGAGAAGACGGAGGCGGACUUCUCGGCUAAGCAACAUGUGCUUGAGAGAAAUGCUGAAGGGAAUGAAGGACAUGACGACGAAGCAGACGAAGAGUUCGCUGGCUACGACGGUGGUGACGGUGAUGAACAGGGAGUCGGGGACGGCGAGGAAGGGGGGGGAGACGAGGACGGAGGGGACAAUGAUGACGGUGGGGAUGACGAGGAAGACGGUGACAGUCGUCGUGCCCUCGGAGACGAUGAUGACGACGAGGGAACUGGGGGUGGGGGGGCGGUGGACGAAGAAAGCUACGAAGGGGGGAGCGAAGGGGAGCAGGACGAAGCCAAUGAGCACGGAGUGUCUGUCAAUGAGUCUCGCAAAUCCGUCGGCAGUCAGAGGCUUCGCUCUGGUGACGAGGCCGACCUGUGGUUCGACAGAAAAAUGCGCCAUAUCGACGCAAGGAUUUGUAACGAAGCGUUGGAGCCCAAAGACCGUUUCGAUAUAAUGGACAGUGAGGAGGAUACUGAUGAUGACGACAUCGACCUGCCGCAGCCUGAUGCAAGAAACCACGCAGUCGACGAGAACAUGCGCAUCGGGUCCUUAUCGGGGGGGGAUCCGAUGGUGGUUGAAGUCGGGAGACCGAAAAUAGCCAGGUGCAAAACCGCCCAGCUCACAGAAACGCAGACGUCAUCCCCAGGAGAUGGGACCGAGGCAAACACUUCGAAAUGGAAAGACAAGCGAGGCACCCCAGGGUUUCCAACGAUGAUGAGGCAAAUGUUCACCCGCGUCAUGGAAAUGCCAACAGAGAAGCAAACUCGUAGUCAUCAUGACGACGCAGUCCCCGGGGAGGAUGACAUGGAUCUGGAGAACGAGCCGUUGUUCCGCAUUCCAGAUGACGAGGACAAAGAUCUAACUCCUGGAGAUGAAAUUGAAAGUCACAUGAAGGAGAGCAAAGGAGGACCUCACUUUUUGGACACCAAGUUCACAGAGACUGAGGUGGAAAAGGCGGCAGGUCCGGCAUGCGGUGGGGAAGGGGCAGAAAAUACAAAGGAACAGGGGGAAAAGGAGGCCACAACCAACGAAGAUGCGGGAGAUGCGGGAGAUGGGGGUGCCCAGCGGGUGCCAAGUGGACUGGGAGACCCGUUGUCGGCAGGCGACAGAGGCAUGUCGUCACAUGGAGGACGGAGUGGGGGGGAUCACGAUGCGGAAGGUGCACUAGUAUUUGGGGAAACAAGUCCGCCGGACACUACCGAGCCUUUAACGGAUAACAGAGAUGAGGGGGACAAACUUCUGCACAUGGUAUGCACUCGCUCUGGCUCACAGAUAGCCCCAGACUCAAUGGAGAGGGAAGAUGGUGGUGGUAUAGAGGGAGUUUGUAUGGCUACUAGUCGUGAAGUGGGAGAUGAUGAUGAGGAAGCUGACGCGGAUGCGAACCUCGAACAAAACAUGGACGUGGACAAAGAGGAUGGAUUGGGAAAGGAAGCUUCUUGUCGUGGCCGAUCCCGGUGGCGGCAGCGAGCAUGUGAUCGACUUGAUCGAGCAAUCAUGUGAGAACGGUGGAAAGUCACAYAGUGAGGGAAGAACGUUGUCAUCUGCCGAGCCAGA